CUCAUCUCGUCUCCAGGCAUCCCUCAUUCUCUUCCUCAUCAUCAAACGCCGGCCCUGUUCUCCCAAACCCCUCGCUUCGAUUCAUCCUCCCAUCCUUUCAUGCAUUGCUAUUGUUUCCCAUUCUUUUCCUCUUCUUGACCAGUGACCAUGACGAACGACAAGACUCCUCGAGAGUCACCCAUUCCUCCCCCCCUCGACCCCUUCCCCACUUAUCAGACUCCAUACACUCGCCCCGAAAGAGACAGUGACAACCCUUUUAUCCAGUUCCGUCGAGCAGCGGAUGAUGCCUUUUCCUCUUUCUUUCAAGGAAUCCCCCACCUCUUCGGUGCUCAUUUCAACGACACCCAUUGGAAGCAGAACGUUGACGAGACGAUGCGGAGGAGACAUGAAUUGGAGGAGGGGUGGAGGAAGCAGUUUGAACAGGAGAUGGAAGAGAUGAGACAAGAGCUUGAGAGAUCAAGGGUUGCUACUUCCAAGGCUCUGCAAGAUGCCUUUGCCCCGAUCCGAGACCAAACACCUACCCUCGAGUCGAUGCACCAGAGACAUGAGGUAGAAGAAUCUCAGAGGACAAGAAGUUCGAGCCAUGAAGUUGCGAAACCAAGACCUGAUGCUGCAAAAGCAGUGGAAGAUACAUUUGCCAUGAACUCAGAACGCUCGCCUUCACCCUGGUGGACAAUUGGCAAUAAUGCCAAACAUCCUGCCUCGAGCAACACCACUCCCCAAGACAAUGCUAAAAGAUGCCCCGCUCUAUACGAUGAUGCUGGGCAGCCCAAAACUGAAUUGGAUCUUUAUAACAACCUCUCUCCAACUCCAACACACGAUCCUAAGCCUCGACAAACAUGGUCUCAAUGGUUUGUCCCAGGAGACGUGAAGUCUCGGGAGGCCGCCAUGCAGAACGACGACAAAAGUUCGCAUGAUGUUGUUACCACGUCUCAGCCUACCCGCUACAGCAUGUUUGGUGUUCGCCGCUUAGACCCCUUCGACAAUCCUGAUCAUACCAUUCCCUGGCUUAUGCUGAGCCCUUAUUCUCCCAUUUAUCUCUGCAAUCCAACACAGCCACGCAUGUUUCGAGUCAGGAUCCAAGACUCGGAGAAUACGCCCUUACAAAUUUCACGACCCAGAUUCUUCGACCGCUGGUACUCAGACGUGGAUGAGAAACUCGCAAACCAACUUCCCUGGGCAGAUGCCUUCGAGGAUUUAAUCAGCGUUCAACAAACUGGAGAGAUGGUAGAUCGAAACUAUUCAACGUUGCGCACGCCCCCCACCUGGAUCCAUGAUAUGGUUGCUCGUGGCAGCUUGGGAGAUCGCUGGGGCUUUGAUGCCAAUGGCUUUCUAGUGAAGAAACUAGCUGGAUCACGGUCUCUCGCAACGACGGAAAGUUCAAAGAAUGGUUGUGCUUGGAAACGCGAGGCUAAGGGUGCACCGUCUUGUCACAAUGAGAAGACGUCCGCAGUGGAGAACAACUCAAGCGAGGACACCUCUAUCGAUAAGUUUGUCGACGACGUUACCGAACCUCUUGCGCAUUCUCCUAUCUUUGGAGGUCUUCUUGCAACCGCCGAUGCCAUUGUCGACGCUGUUGAAAGAGGCAUCGAAGAUUCAAAACACAAUCACGAUGAAGCGCAAACCGAGUCUUUUACAGAACCGGAAGAAGAAACCGAAACCGACAUCUCGCGUGAACAAGAAGAGACUGGUUUCCCUCCCUAUCACUCCUCAUCUUCGUCUUCUUCCUACGAAUCUUAUUUUGCCUCAUCGUCAUCAUCUGAAGUCCCUGAUUCAAAGUCCAUCAUUUCGACGUUGACCUCAACCGUCACACGAACUCUUCCUGACGGGUCCAUUGAGACUAAACGAGUGCUGAAGAAGCGGUUCGCUGAUGGCUCAGAGGAGACUGAUGAAAGCACCGAACGUCAAAAUGCGCAGCGAAAGUCCGUCGCCAAACAAACUCAGACCUCAUCAUACAGAAACCAGCAAGCCACAGCUCAGGCUAACCAGUCGUCUGGUCAAGAUGAUUCUGCCAAAGGCACGGUCCAGAAGGCCAUUGAACAGGCCAGAUCAACCAAGGAACAGCACCACCAGGUAUCUGAGAAGGUUAAUGAAGCUCCCACAGGAAAUCGAAGAGGAGGCGGCUGGUUUUGGACAAAGUAGGGGUCAGAAUUUCUUCUCAAAAGCCAAGCUCAAUUUGCAGGAUACUUAGGAUCAGAGAGCCUCCUCCUUUACACACCUGACCACUCUCCCCUUACUGCUCUCCUCCACCAAACACAGUAUGUACAGAUAACAUGACCUUCUCAACUCGACAUAUUCUACCAUUUUCAUCCGGAUUCAUAGUAUGACAUGUGUAUGAACAAUCACAAUUCCACAUUCUUGGUUUCUAUA